AUGCCAGGCAAGGCACAAGACGCUCACCAGAUUCCUUCGACGAAGAAGAGACAUUCAAUCCGGAUCAAGGGUCCAGCCCCGGCGAAGAGAAUGCAGAUGCACGGCAGGCCACAGAGCCUCCCCCAGAUGAACAUGAACAAACCGUUGGUCAAGGGACUCACGGCCACGGAAUUCCUCGACAAAGGCGAUGCCGCGCUGGGCACAGAAGUAUCUAUAAGCAUCGAAGACGUCACCUUACAAGACGAGGCAUCCAGAACAGAUGAGAGUUUGUACCGAAGGCAAGCCAAUUGGAAGCCAUUCCUCGCCUAA